ACUUCUGCACUCAGUUAAAACAGACCAGUGGCCUAGACUUUGGACUGCUCCUCCAGAAUGUGCAACGACUCUUCUCAUUUACAUCAGUCCUGCGAUGCUGAAAAGGACAGAAGACACAUUUCCAGAGAGGAAGUACACUUAAAAGAAAGCUCCUGCACACAUUGCUGAGACGCCACCUACUGCAAAGCUGAGCUCACAGCGCAGGCAGCGCUGCUGGCAUUUCCAUUCCAUCGCCAGUCGGGACUGAAUAAAGGCUGUGUGUGUGUGCGGUAGUUUUUCUUUUUUAAAAAAAUCUCAAAGCCAAGAAGAACAAACUGAAAUAACAGCUUCAAAAAUGGAGCGUAAAAUAAUCAGAAGAGAAAAAGAAAAGGAGGACGAAGGGAAACACAACAGCCUGGAAGACGCUGAACAAGGACAGCACUGCAAAUCCACACUUACGACCCUCAACGUGGGUGGAUAUCUAUACAUUACGCAAAAACAGACACUGACCAAGUACCCAGAUACUUUCCUUGAAGGUAUUGUAAACGGGAAAAUCCUCUGCCCAUUUGAUGCUGAUGGCCAUUACUUCAUAGACAGGGAUGGGCUCCUCUUCAGGCAUGUCCUAAACUUCCUACGAAAUGGAGAACUUCUACUGCCCGAAGGGUUUCGAGAAAAUCAACUUCUUGCACAAGAAGCAGAAUUCUUUCAGCUCAAAGGACUGGCAGAAGAAGUGAAAUCCAGGUGGGAAAAAGAACAGCUAACACCCAGAGAGACUACUUUCUUAGAAAUAACAGAUAACCAUGAUCGUUCUCAAGGACUGAGAAUCUUCUGUAAUGCUCCUGAUUUCAUUUCAAAAAUAAAAUCUCGAAUUGUUCUGGUAUCCAAAAGCAGGCUGGAUGGAUUUCCAGAGGAGUUUUCAAUAUCAUCUAAUAUCAUUCAAUUUAAAUACUUCAUAAAGUCUGAAAAUGGCACUCGACUUGUACUAAAGGAAGACAACACCUUUGUCUGUACCUUGGAAACUCUUAAGUUUGAGGCUAUAAUGAUGGCUUUAAAGUGUGGUUUUAGACUGCUGACCAGCCUGGAUUGUUCUAAAGGGUCAAUUGUUCACAGCGAUGCACUUCAUUUUAUCAAGUAAUUACCUGUCUCAUGAACAAAGGCAACAAGCAUGCAGCCAGCAAGCUUCAGAAAAUCACAGCAUCAAAGGCAUCCCAAAUAACGUGCUAGCUCGCUCGGCUAGCUCUGUACUCCAGAGCCCUGCUGCUAAUCAAGUACUGUGAGCUAUCGGUAUGUAAAUUCUAUCCUAAAGAUGUCCUAAUUUGGGGUGCUCCUGCUGAUCAGACUCUGUCUCCUAAAAUGAAAACAGUAAUCAUCUAUAUACUGUAAAUAAAAACUGAGUGCUUUUGCUAUUUGUUUAUUUUUCCUUAAGCUGUCUCUCAAUCACCAUGUCUUGGGUAUUUGUAUAAAAAGCAAGCAUGCAUAUUAUCUAUAGUUCAUUUAAAAAACAGUAAUAAAAUAUUUAAAUCUAA